UGCGCUACGAUGCCCCGCACAUUUGCCAAGAGGGGCCGGCUGUGUGGGCAUAAAACAGGUUCUUCUGCCUUGCAGUUCCCAAAGGGUUAAGAUUUCGGGCUGAGUCACGGCUGGCUGGCAGUGAAUGCCAGGUCGGAAGCGCGGGUGUGUUUUGUGUGGCGGGUUUGGGUCGGGAAUGCCCAGAAAUGGAUCACAGAAAGCAGUUGCUGAAGAAGGACGGAGCGGAAGCCCAAGGAAAUGUGGCGGGCUGGACAGAAGAGGACCCCCGGGCUUCCUUGACCAUCCAUGCCUUGAAUGGACUCACUGGUCGGCCUGCCGCAGGUCUGCCCAUGCGCCUCUCUGAGCUUGAGGCUCCCAACAAACCCUGGAUCGAGAUCUUGAAGAGUGCAACCAAUAGAGAGGGCUGCCUGGACAAGAGCAGCCUGGCACCCCAGCGGCUGAAAGCGGGCACCUACAAGCUGCAUUUUGACACAGGGGAAUACUGGAGGCAGCAGGGCCACACCAGCUUCUACCCUUAUGUGGAAAUCGUCUUCACCAUCACAGAGGCUGAACGGAGAGUGCACCUCCCACUGCUGCUCAGCCCCUGUUCUUACACCACCUACCAAGGAAGCUAGUGGAAGCGACGGGGGGGGGGGCAGGAGGAGGCAGCCGCUCUGAAAGGAACCGAGCUGCUUUGUCUGGUUUUGAAGAGGAGAGAGGCCCAGCGGGCUGAAAGCCAGAGCUGCGUCCCAAGUCCCAUGCUGGAACAGCCUCGGGAGCUGAGAUCAGAAACCUGAGAUGAAUAAACGGUCCGCCUCACAGGGCCGUUGUGAGGAGGAGCACAAGAGCUGGAGAUGCCCUGGGUUGAGUCUUGGUCUUUUCACCUGCCUUGGCAUUCUUUGCGCAGCAGCGGAAAGCAUGUCCCCCUCUUCCCCUUGGAGGGUGUUUGGGUGGCCAGCGUGGCUGCUGCAUUUCAGCCCCUGUUACAGAAGUCCAGGGGCUGAUGAAGGAGGUGGAGGAGGAGGCCUGCUCCAGGAGUCACCCGUUUUGAAGGAGCAAAACAAGGGA